UUCCUCCAUUCUUGUAUGCCAACAACAGCCGUCGAAGAAGCAAGAGUGUGCACUCCUGGUGUAAUUGGUAAAGGGAAGAAAAAAAAUUCUCUUUAGCCUGAAGAUCAACUUCCCUGGUCGUCUGGGAUUAUGGCUAAAGAUGCUGGUCUGAUUGAAACUAAUGGGGAGCUGAAGGUUUUCAUCGAUCAGAAUCUGAGCCCCAGCAAAGGUGUCCUAUCUUUGGUUACUGUUCAGCCUGCAGCUGCUCCUGUGGAGCAGCUACUGCCUAAAAACCUUGGGCCGUCUAAUGUGAAUGUUGCUGCACACGUGCAACAUGUGCCACAUGUGGUGAUAGGAACACCUCAGAGACCAACCGUAUCUAAUGCAGUAUUGGACAGUCCACAUACGCCCAGUUCGCAGUUCCUCACUCAGAGCCAGCCUCCAGAUGCCUCUCCGUGGUCGUCGGGAAAGCGGGGGAAGAAAGGGGAAAAGAACGGGAAGGGAUUGAGGCAUUUCUCUAUGAAAGUUUGUGAGAAAGUGCAGAAGAAAGGAGUUACCACGUACAAUGAAGUGGCUGACGAGUUGGUCGCAGAAUUCAGCUCUACAGACAAUCACAUGUCACCCAAUGAGUCGCAUGUCUAUGACCAGAAGAACAUUCGGCGCCGUGUGUACGAUGCACUUAAUGUGCUCAUGGCCAUGAACAUUAUCUCUAAAGAGAAGAAAGAAAUCAAAUGGAUUGGUUUGCCCACUAACUCUGCUCAGGAGUGCCAAAACCUUGAGGUGGAGAGACAGAGGCGACUGGAGCGGAUUAAGCAGAAACAGUCACAGCUUCAGGAACUCAUACUGCAGCAAAUAGCUUUUAAGAACCUGGUUCAGAGGAACAGGCAGACAGAGCAGCAGGCUAACAGACCUCCACCUCCCAACUCCAUCAUCCACCUUCCUUUCAUUAUCGUCAACACCAGCAAGAAAACAGUCAUCGACUGCAGCAUCUCCAAUGAUAAGUUUGAAUAUUUGUUCAUUGACAGCAUGUUUGAGAUCCAUGAUGACAUAGAGGUGCUGAAACGCAUGGGCAUGGCCUGUGGUUUGGAGGUCGGGAAGUGUUCUCCAGAGGACCUAAAAGUGGCACGCAGUCUGGUACCCAAAGCCCUGGAGCCCUAUGUUAUAGGUCAGAUGGCGAAGGGUCCCAUCAGCAAUGUCUACAUCACCGGAGGGUCUUCUGCGAAUGGAGCUCGUGUCCUGCAAGCAGUGACGGCUGUGCUGACGGGACCAUGGCCUCAAGCUCUAAGAAUCUCACUACAGUGGGUCUCGUGUCGAGACUCCAGUAUCAUACAUGGGGGAUGACGAUGAAGAGGAUGACUAUGACGAAAAUGAUGAUGAUGACUAACCUGUCUGUGGAUCACAACCCUCCAACAAGCACAGUCCUACGAACCACCUUCACCAUGGGGAAUUUAGUCCCCUUUCACGUGUGCUUCUUCAAACUCGCUCCCCUUUCCAUGCCUGUAUGUCUCGUGGCUUCUCAGGGGUGUAGAUGAAUUUUGAAAGCGCAGAGGUGUACUUUGCACCCACUCUUUCCAGCUCCGGAAUCAUGUGCAGCUGCACCACAGCUCUCGGCGAGCUGUUGUCCAGGGAACUGUAGUUUAAAACCUGGACACCAUGCCGAAGUCUUGUAUGUCUACUCCAAUCCCAUAAGCAUCCCUUUGAAUGAAAACUACUGCUGUUGGAGAAUGUAUAAGUAGUUGCUUGAAUAGUUGUCCCUGUUAUGUUGCCAUUGCAGAUGUCAUAACCUAUGAUCAAAUGUUCCAGGUUGGCCCAAGUGUCUGUUUUAUUGCGUGUUGGCAUACUACAUGAUUUCUAUAUGGCCCCAUUUGUCAUGCAUCCCAGAUGGGGCACCAUCUAAUGUUUGAUACUUUUUUGUUUCGCUGUAAUUUCAAACUUGCAUCCUUGUUACAUUGCCCUGGCUCUUUGUAUUCUGUAGGCAGCUGCUUUCAUGAUCUUGUUUCUAGUUUUUUUUGUAUACCAGAGUUGAGGAAUUCACCAUCACCACCCUGUCACACUUGGUAGUGUUUACAAAAGAAGUGCACCAGCAAGGUCAAGACUUCUAGAGAACCUAAAACCCCAAUAGGAAAAUAAGCUUUGUUGAUUGCGUAUCUGAAUCCUAUGAUGAUUGUAGCUUAUAGCAUCUAGAGGCCAGUGGUACAGCUAGACCUGAAAUUAUUAAUGUAUCAAAUGUGUGGUUGUAGUCUGUGUACUCCCUUCAAAGAUCUCCCUUUUAAAACCGAGCAACACGUACUGACUCUUCCAAAUACCCUUUUCUGUAAUCUAAGUUUGCAAUUAAAUAUAGAUUGUUUUAAUAAGUUUGUAUCUAUAAAGGAAAGUUUAACAUUGG